UGUCUCCAGCAGCAGAGCGAUUGCGCUACAUAUUAGGGGACGAUGAGGACACCAUGCCCACACCCACUCUCUUCACUGAAAUGGACACACUGCAACACGAGGGAGAUGAGCUGGAGUGGAGGGAAUCAGCUAGAUGGGUGAAGUUUGAAGAAAAGGUCGAGGAGGGCGGUGAGAGAUGGAGCAAGCCCCAUGUUUCAACACUAUCUCUGCAUAGCCUGUUUGAACUGCGAACAUGUCUACAGACAGGAACCGUGUUGCUAGACAUGGACGGUUACUCUCUUCCACAGAUAGUCGAUGACAUCAUUGAGCAUCAGAUAGAGGAAGGGUUGAUUGGUCCUGAACUGAGAGAUAAAAUCAGCUUUGUUCUGCUGAGAAAACACAGACACCAGACAAAAAAGCCCAUCCAUCGCUCCCUGGCAGAUUUGGGAAAGUCCGGCUCUGGAGGCACCCGAACACCAACCGCUGGUGCAAAUUUCAUCCGCUCAACUGAAGAUCUACGUAGCAAGCAAGCAUCCAACUAUGGCCGACUACACCAUGCACAGAGCAGAAGUAUGAAUGACAUUGCAGACACACCGAGCACAGACCAGCUGAAGAACAAAUUCAUGAAGAAAAUCCCCAGAGAUGCAGAGGCAUCAAAUGUCCUGGUGGGAGAAGUGGACUUCUUAGACAAACCCUUUGUGGCUUUUGUUCGCCUGGCUCAGGCCACAACUCUUGGGGGACUGACUGAAGUCCCAGUGCCCACCAGAUUCAUUUUUGUGCUUCUUGGGCCUUCUGGUAAAGCCAAAUCUUACAAUGAAAUUGGACGUGCCAUUGCCACUCUCAUGGUGGAUGAUCUCUUCAGUGAUGUAGCAUAUAAAGCCAGGGACCGGGAAGAUCUGAUUGCAGGAAUCGACGAGUUCCUGGAUGAGGUGAUUGUGCUUCCACCCGGAGAAUGGGACCCCAAGAUUCGCAUUGAACCCCCCAAAAAAAUUCCUUCGGCUGACCAAAGGAAGUCUGUGUUUUCUCUCAAUGAGCUGGGUCAUGUGAAUGGAUCCGUGGGUGGUGGAGGACCCAUUGGUGAAGAUGAGGAGAUGCCUGUGCCACAUGAGCUUGGAGAAGAGCUGGCGUAUACUGGGAGGUUCUGUGGCGGCCUUGUGCUUGACAUCAAGAGGAAGCUUCCCUGGUACCUGAGUGACUUUUAUGAAGGCUUCCACAUUCAGUCUAUCUCUGCAGUGCUCUUCAUUUACUUGGGAUGCAUAACCAAUGCAAUCACCUUCGGGGGUCUUCUAGGGGAUGCCACAGACAACUACCAGGGUGUGAUGGAGAGUUUUUUGGGAACUGCUUUGGCAGGCACCGUCUUCUGUUUGUUUAGUGGUCAGCCUCUCAUUAUUCUCAGCUCAACAGGCCCCAUCCUCAUCUUUGAGAAGCUACUGUAUGAAUUCAGCAAAAAUAAUGAUAUUGAUUACAUGGAGCUACGGCUAUGGAUCGCUAUGCACUCAUGUGUUCAGUGUUUAUUGCUGGUCGCAACGGACGCCAGUUACAUCAUAAAGUACAUGACCCGUUUCACGGAGGAAGGCUUCUCUAGUCUCAUCUCCUUUAUCUUCAUCUCGGAUGCUAUCAAGAAGAUGGUGGGAGCCCUCAAGUACUAUCCCAUCAACACUGACUUCAAACCAGAUUACGUUACUACCUACAAAUGCGAGUGUGUCGCUCCUGACCAGGUCCCGGUGCCAGAUAAUAGCUCUGCUCUGUUUGGUUUAAAUAUAACAGCUCUGGACUGGACUCAGUUGAGCAAAAAGGAGUGUGUGAAGUAUGGCGGCUCUCUGGUGGGGAAUUCCUGCAAAUUUGUGCCAGAUCUUGCUCUCAUGUCCUUCAUUUUGUUCUUCGGGACCUACAGUAUGACAGUCACUCUGAAGAAGUUCAAGUUUAGCCGAUACUUUCCCACAACGCUGAGGAAAUUGAUAAGUGACUUUUCUAUCUUCAUGUCCAUCAUGACGUUUGUGGGCUUGGACAUGCUUAUUGGUCUAAACACGCCCAAACUCAUUGUGCCCACAGAGUUCAAGCCCACUCGCUCAGAUCGGGGUUGGUUUGUGAUGCCUUUUGGAAAGAAUCCGUGGUGGGUUUAUCUGGCAAGCUUUGUCCCUGCUCUUCUUGUCACCAUCCUCAUGUUUAUGGAUCAGCAGAUCAGUGCUGUUAUCGUCAACCGCAAGGAAAACAAGCUAAAGAAAGCCUGCGGGUAUCAUUUGGACCUGCUGUGGGUGGGCAUUCUGUUGGUAACCUGCUCGUUUUUGGGUCUGCCGUGGUAUGUGGCUGCCACUGUCAUUUCCAUUGCCCACAUCGAUUCACUUAAAAUGGAGAGUGAAUCCAGUGCUCCAGGGGAGCAGCCCCAGUUCCUGGGUGUGAGAGAACAGAGAUUGACAGGAAUCCUGGUCUUUGUUCUGACAGGAGUGUCUAUCUUCCUUGCUCCCAUCCUGCAGUUCAUUCCUAUGCCUGUCUUGUACGGAGUCUUCCUCUACAUGGGUGUUGCCUCUCUCAGCGGCAUCCAGUUCUGGGACAGAAUUAAACUGAUCAUGAUGCCAGCAAAGCAUCAGCCAGACUUUGCCUACCUGCGUCAUGUACCCCUGAGAAGGGUCCACCUGUUUACAUUGGUGCAGAUUGUGUGCUUAGCUCUGCUCUGGAUCCUUAAAUCCACAUUCCUGGCUAUUAUCUUCCCUGUCAUGAUUCUUGGUCUCUUGGUGGUGCGCAAGAUGCUGGACAUGGUUUUUUCUCAGCACGAUCUGGCAUGGUUGGAUGAUAUCCUACCCGAAAAGGAAAAAAAGAAAAAGGAGGAUGAGAAGAAGAACAACAAGAAGGAUAAAAAGAAACUCAAAGGAGGGCAUGACAGCGAAGACGAUGACAAGUACCACCAUUAUUCAAACUGCACUCCCAAUGAUUCAGACUUGGACCGCAGCAUCACUCUACACUUAAAGAUCUCCUGUCCGUCAUCCCCGGCGAUGCCAAUGGCUAGAGGGAUGUCCUGUCCUUUGCCUCAGGUGAAGAUUGAGAUGGAGUCGGAUUAUGACGACACGGAUGUUAAUCCUAGAGGCAGGCACAGGGAACAGAGGGAUAUGAGCAGUGAAACAACGCUGUAAUGAAAGAAGACUGAAGGUUGACGGUUUUCCUGUUGAGAAACUCUGCAAUGUGACACGGCCUGCAUCGGCUUCUUUGGAGCUCCCAUGUGGCUAAAUCGUGUUUGUGUUCAACUUGGAUAAAGUGUGGAUCAGCAAUUUAAGAGACAUUAAGAACUGCGAUGGCAUUAGAAUUCGAACAGCAUCGCAAAUAUAUUUUAUAUUAUUUAUUUUAAAGGAAAAAUAAGUUAAACAAUGAAAAAUAUAUAUAUAUUUUAAGUUUGUGUAACUAUGCAUAAAACAUACCAGGGUUGAAAAUUUUUCUAAAUUUUUGCAUUGUUUAGUUUUUAGAUGAACUUGUAUUAAAGAUUCCGAUAUCCAAUAUGUGGGUCUAUUAGUGUUGGCAUUCUCCAAACAAUCAUUUGCUUUUCCUUCCUUUCCCUGUCUUUUCCUGCUUAUGACACCCAAAACUCAAAGUUGGGGAAAAGAAACAACCAAAUAAUUACCUUUGAAAUAACAAAUGAAUCCGUUUUUGGUUUUUAUUUUCUUUGCUUUGCAGUUUAGGAAUUUGUUGAUGAAUUUCAGACAGUAUUAAUGCAAUCUCUGUAUUUUGUGCUGCGUGUGAAUAUGUUUACUGUAAAUGGAUGGACUUAGCUGAUGUGAGAUUUAAGCUCUGGAGAAAGGAAGAGCAGUUUUUAAUGUCAGUAAAUCUCCUUUAUUUGUUUAUUUAUUUAUUUUUUGAGAAUGAGUCCUGUAAAAUGUCUUUCUCAUGUGAAUU